AUUACUCUAUAAAUCGACCUCUUUGUAAAUGGUAAUCGCACAUACGUACUGAGAUCUCAAUAUGACUUCUAAUUCCAUGGCCUUUCAAUUUGGAGCUUCUUCCUCUUCUUCACCCUCUUCAUUUCCUUUCAUCCGUGUAGAGAAUUAUGAUGUAUUUUUGAGCUUUAGAGGUGAAGAUGUUCGUGAUAACUUUAUUUCCCAUCUACACAAAGCUUUGGUUGAAAAGAGAAUCAAUACUUACAUUGACUACAAUCUUGAAAGAGGAGAGGAGAUUUCACCAGCACUUUUCAAAGCUAUUGAAGGGUCAAUGAUUUCUAUUAUUGUACUCUCUGAAAAUUAUGCUGAAUCUAAAUGGUGUUUAGACGAGCUAUUGAAGAUUCUUGAUUGCAAUGAAACAAUAAAACAAAUUGUUCUACCAAUUUUUUUCAAAGUAGAUCCAUCAGAAGUACGACAUCAAAAAGGGAUUUUUGGAAGAUCCUUUGAUAAACUUGGAGAUAAGCUUAAGGAUAAUGCAAAUAUGCUGAAAUGGAAAAAAGCUUUGGAAAAAGUAGCCAAUUUCUCUGGUUUCCCAUCAGCAAACUUCCGGGACGAGUCUGAAUGUAUCCAGAAGAUUGUUGAACAAGUCUCAAGCAAACUACCAAAUCGUACACGCUUGCAUGUUGCGGAUCAUCCGGUUGGGUUGGAGUCUCGUGCAGAAUAUAUAAUUAAUACGCGUUUAGGUAUUGAGAUCAUUAAUGAGACACGCAUGAUAGGGAUUUUUGGUAUUGGAGGAAUUGGUAAAACAACUAUUACAAAAGAGGUGUUUAACCGCAUUGCUAAUCAGUUUGAAGGGAGUUGUUUUCUUGCCAAUGUUAGAGAAAAUUCAAAAACAAAAAAGCGCAGUCUCGUGAAGUUGCAAAAGAAAAUUCUUUCUAAUAUACUAAGAGAUCCAAAGGUUGAGGUCGAUGAUGUUGAUCAAGGAAUCAUUCUGAUACAGGAGAAACUUGGCUGUAAAAAAAUCCUUUUGAUUCUUGAUGACGUUGAUGAUCUGGACCAAUUAAAAUAUCUAAGUGGGAGAUCCGAUUGGUUUGGAUUGGGAAGUCGAAUCAUCAUAACAACAAGAGAUGCGCAUCUACUAGUGCAGCUUGAUUUUGGUAAUUGGAAAACAUAUUCUAUGAAUACAUUGGAUUCUCAAGACGCUCUUAAGCUCUUUUCCUGGCAUGCCUUCAAGCGUGACCAACCGGAUAAUGAUUUUGUGGAACUCACAAAACUUGCAAUGCAAUAUGCUGGUGGCCUUCCGCUCGCUUUGAUUGUGGUAGGCUCAAAUCUACGCGGAAGAGAUAGAUGUUUUUGGAAAAGCGAAUUGGAAAAGUACGAAAGAAUUCAACAUAAAAAGAUCUAUGAUAUACUCAAAAUAAGUUACGAUGGAUUAGAUUAUCAUACAAAAAAGAUUUUUCUUGACAUUGCAUGUUUCUUCAAAGGAUACAACAGAGAUUAUGUCACUAAAAUAUUGAAUGGUUGUGGUUUCUUUACCGAUGCUGGUAUCAAAAAACUCGAAGAUAAAUGUCUCAUAACUAAUAAUGUAUGGCGACUGGGGAUGCAUGACUUACUAGAAGAUAUGGGUAGAGAAAUUGUCCGACAAGAAUCACCCGAAGAACCUAGCAAGCGGAGUAGAUUAUACUUUCAUGAAGAUGUUCGUGAAGUACUUGAAAAAAAUAAGGGAACAGAGCAAAUUGAAGGCAUAUUGAUAGAAAUGCCUCCGAAGGACAGCAGGAUACGUUUGGAUUCUGAUGUGUUUGCAAAAAUGGAAAAACUCAGAAUAUUAAAAGUUAGUACCUUCUGUGACUGUGGUGGAUUGAAUUAUCUCUCUAAUGAGUUAAGAGUUCUUCAUUGGCCCAAAUGUCCUUUGCUCUCUUUGCCAUCUUCUUUUCAUGGAGAGAAACUCAUUGAUUUCAAUAUCAGAAGAAGCAAUAUUAGAGAUUUAGGGACAGGAUUGCAAUCUAAGGUACCUAUUUUUAUUUUUCAUAUGUCAAUCUGUCUUACUUUUAAGUUAUGCUGCAAAUUUCCUUUAACAAUUAAUAUAUAUUUUAUUUGUUUUUUACUUUUCAAACAGAACUUAACAAGUAUAGACCUCAGUUACAGUAAAUACUUGACAAAUAUAUCGGAUCUUUCAAGUUGCUCAAAUCUAGAGAUGUUGAUGUUUGUAGGAUGUAAAAGUUUAGUUGAGGUUAAUGAUUCUGUUGGAUUUUUGGAUAAGCUUGUUCGAUUGGAUUUUAGCUAUUGUUCCAGCCUAAAGAAGGUGCCAAGAAGCUUCAAGUUGAGAUCUCUAGAACUCCUUAAACUUAAAGGUUGUACUAGUCUUGAAAACUUUCCAGAAAUUGAGUGUGAAAUGAAAUAUUUGAAAUGUGUCGAGUUAAACAGCCGCGUAAUACAGGAGCUACCUUCAUCCAUUACAUACCUCACUGGGCUCGAGACGUUAUAUAUAAAUGAGUGCAUCAGCCUUGUGCAUUUACCAGUUAAUAUUUUUCAGUUAAAACAUCUACGGGAUGUUUCCGUCAUUAAUUGUCCAAAUUUUGUAAAUUUUGGAAAGGUGGUGGGGCAUAAUGGACAAUCCGUGCCAUGUACACAGGAAAAUGAAAUUUCAUCAAGUAUGGAAUUUUUGCCUCCAGAAUCAAAUAAUUUAUCUCGAACAUAUAAUUUCUCAUCCAGUUUGAGGACAUUAAAUCUAUCUCGUAGUGGUAUUGUUAGCCUUCCUCCAUGCAUCGAAGGAUUUGUUGGAUUGUUUGUACUUAAUUUGACAGACUGCAAGCAACUUGAAGAAAUUCUACACCUUCCACCAAAUAUAAAAGUGGUAGAUGCCAGAGGAUGUUCUAGCCUAAAGAAUUUCUUACCAGAAUCAAAUAAUUUAUCUCGGACAUAUAAUUUCUCAUCUAGUUUGAGGACUUUAAAUCUAUCUGGUAGUGUUAUUAGCCUUCCUCCAUGCAUCGAAGGAUUUGUUGGAUUGUCUAAACUUGUUUUGAGAGACUGCGAGCAACUUGAAGAAAUUCUACACCUUCCACCAAAUAUAGAAGAGGUAGAUGCUAGAGGAUGCAGGUUGUUAGAACACUUUCCUCAUGUAUCAACAGAAUCUUCAUUCGGUAUACCUGACUUAAAACGGCUAAGCAAGAUUGACUUAUCGGAGUGCAAUAAAGUGCAUGUGGAUGUAGGGAAUCAUGCACCAGAUCCAUUAUUGGUUCAGGAACGCUUUUGGGAGAAAGAAUCAAGUACGAUUAUAUAUCCAGGAAGUAGGAUUCCAGAGUGGUUCAAGUAUAAGGAGACUACUUCAUAUAUUAAUUCUAUUGAAGUAGAAAUUGAUUAUAAUGCGUCCAUUUGUUUUGGGCAUCAGAUCGUGGCAUUAGUUUUGUGUUAUGUUGUGGGAUCUCUUCCAGCAUCGGCUUUGUAUGGUACUACCGCAAUAAACGGCCGGUCGAUUAUAGAUGAUCAUGUAUGUCUAAUAUACAUUGCAGGAAAUUCUAUUGAUGAGAUGGUGCCGAGAAUUUACAGGGAGGGGAACAAUAAUAAGAGGUUUAUAACGAAAAGUGAUAAAGCAAUCGUAAAAAGUUUCGGAUUCCAUAUAAUAUAUGGAAAUGACAAUUUCAUUAAUCCUAUUCAACUUUCAAAGAGAUACCGAGAUGAAGGUGAGCAUGACUUGGAACCCGAUUGGAACCCACAACAGAAGCGGCAAUCUUCAACCACGAGAAUUAUGGAAUUCAAUGAUGCUAAUGAUGAUUAAAUUAUUGAAGAUUUGGAUUUAGAACUUCGACUUGGGAAUUGAAGUUCAGAAAGGAAUCGAAGUUGCGGAAGGAAUCAAAGUUGGGGGAAAGAACUGUAACGAUCGUGGCAUUGUGUUUUGUGUUUUGGGCAUCAGAAUGAGAAUAAACGGCCAGCAGAUUAGAACUGAUCAUGAGAUGCGGCUACAGACUUCAAUGGACCCACAUGAUCGUGUAUGGCUACAAUACAUAGUUGUAAAUUCUAUUGAUCAUGAGAUUCUGUCAAGAAGUUACAGGGAGGGGAACAAUAAUAUGAGGUUUACAUUUGAAGGUGAUUCAGAGAAAGCAAUCUUCAAAAGUGCUGGAGUCCACCUAAUAUACGGGAAUGGCAAUUUCAUUGAUCCUAUUCAACUUUCAAAGAGAUAUGCGCGAGAUGAUGGUGAGCAUGACUUGGAACCCACAACAGAAGAGGCGGGGAUCUUCAAUCAGCUCUAGCAUUAUGGAAAUUCAACGAUGCUAAUGAUGAUUUAAUUAAUGAAGAUUUGGAUUUAGAACUUCCACUUGGCAAUUGAAGUUCAGAAAGGAAUCAAAGUUGGGAAAGAACUAUAACCAUAAUAGACUUUAACGCAAUCUCCUCGACCACUUUACUGGAAUUUCAGUACAUGUAUAUACACCAGGAAUACUGAAACAUGUUCAAAGGCCUCCAAGACUAUGUUUUUAGACCAAGACCAGAUAUUUAAAGGGAGAUUUAAGUGCCUUGAAAACUAUGUUUUACAGACCUAAUGACCAUAAGAAAGCUUUCUGUGAGACUAUCACGUCUUCCCAUAUUGGAAAGGAUGCUGGAUGAGUUAUACUAGGCAGUAGAAGGUCACCAUUAAAAGGCUGAAGUUAAUGACCAAAUUUAUGUGUGGAGGGAAGAAAGAUGAGGAUGCAUUGCUACAUCUAAUGGAUGCCACUGCAGACAUGCCACUGUUCCUGCAGCACCCCCUCCCUGUCAUGUUGAUGUAGGAUAUGCAAAGUAAGUGACCCAAUACUGUUUCAUUCCAAAAGAUUGAAUUUAUUAUCAAUACCAUAAACAUAAACAUGUAAGAGCCUAGAUUGUUAAAUUGGUAGAGUUUUAUUAAUCACUUUUCCUCUAGAAAAUCCUACAUAUUUUGUUCUGUUAGAAAAUGUAUACAAUGGAUGAAUCGGUUAGUUAUUAAUGCUUGCUAAAUAUGUUAUAAUUAUAACAAGAUAUGUGUAAUUAGUUAGUAAUUGAUGAUUUGUAUUUAAGCUUUCGUUUUCAUAUUUGUGGUCUCUUCUUCUGAGGCAUCAGAAUCAGAAACCCUCCUAAAGUUCAAGGCCGCCCUUCAACCCAACGAUGCAUUAAUCAACUGGAAUGGCUCAACAACACCAUGUUCUGAGCAUAACGUAAAUUGGGUUGGUGUUCAUUGUGGGAAAGGAAAAGUUAAGGGUUUACGACUCGAGAAUAUGAGACUAAAUAGUUUCAUUGAUGUGCACUUGCUCGCGUUACUGUUGAAUUCGAGAACUAUAAGCUUUAUGAAGAAUAACUUUAAUCUUGCCAAAGCUUUUGGAGUUAAAGGCUUGAGGAUAACCAUUUUGAUGGUCAGAUACCAGAUUUUCAACAGAAGUCAUUGAGUGCUUUUAACGUAUCAGGCAAUGAAUUGGGAUGGAUUCAAGCUCCUUCUCUGGUAAUUUAGAGCUAUGUGGAAUGCCUAUGGGUAAUUGUGACGAAGGCUCAAUUCCAAGUGUCCCAGUGAUUGUCAUACUUGCAACGAUGGCAACAAUCGGAAUAGGUGUGGUGGUCUUCAUCAACCACAAGAGGCAACCUUCUUUAUUGACAAAGGCUCUAGUACAGCCAUUAAACUUGCAAAAGAAAUAAGGCAUAAAGGAAUCAAACGAAUCAAGGCAAGACUCAACAAACUACAGUGGAAAUACCAAGAAGGUUGAGAAUGUGAAGCUGGCCUUUGUCAGGGAAGAUAGGGAGAGGUUUGAUAAGUAGGCAUUGCUUAAAGCCUCAGCUGAUAUAUUGAGCAGUGGAUCAUUUUGGUCUUUGUGUCUUCUUACAAGGCUGCUUUGCACAAUGGACAGGUGAUGGUUGUGAAGCGGUUCAAACAAAUGAAUAAUUUGGGGAAAAGAGGAGUUUCAAGAGCAUAUGAGCAAGCUAGGGAGGUUGAGACACCCGAAUCUGCUUCCUCUGGUGGCUUACUACCAUAUAUAGGAAGGAAGAGAAGCUCUUAGCAUUUUGACUGUGCAGAAGGCCAGUUUGGCCAUUCAUCUACAUGUGCAGGCCCAAGACAACCUACAUAGCCCUUUGUUCAUGCCGCUUGCUUUUCCAUUCCUCCUCUGUUUUGUUCAAACCACAAGUCGGCAACUUAUGGCCAUUAAUUGGUCUCUCUCUGCCACAUAUUGAAUAUGUUCGACCACACCGAAUGCUAAACUCUUGGCCAUGAUAUUCGGAAUUGAAGUUUGGAAAUGAAUCAAAGUUGCGGAAGGAAUCAAAGAAGGCAAAGAAUUGUAACCAUAACGAACUUCAAUGAUUUAUCGUGGCUUUCACGUGAAGAGAUUGAAGGACAUGAUUGCAUCUGGCUAGUCGUUUGUGGGGAUUUUUCUUUCAGUUCACUUCUCUGAGAUCUAGUGGGGGGUUGCAGUUUUUCAAGAUCAAGAUAUUGGUUUUUUUCGAGUUUUGUGAUCGUAAAGUUUGGAUCACUUAUACCGUUUACUUAUAAAAAAAAAAAAAGUUUGGAUCACUUAUGGCGUAGGUUGUUUACAUGUAAAGUUGUGGUUUGCUUGGUUUUGGUUUAUAAAUAGGCAUGUUUAGAUUGGUUUUAUUGAUUUAUUUAUUUAGUUUAAUGUAUAGGUUGUUUUUAUUUUACUGGAUUUUGAUGCUUGGGAUGGUUUUUCUUGAAUAUUUGUAAAUCCCAUGUGUCCUGCUUGUUACCA